GAAGUUUCAUGGAAACAUGUCGCUUUUGCGAACGACGCAGAGUUUCAAUUACGGCGACGAUUCGAAGCAGAGCCGUGAAGUCUUCGGUGAACUGACAAACACCACGAAAUAUAUGGGGUCUGUUUCGCAAAGGUCCGAAAGAAGAAUUGGCUGCACUAAAAAUCAUGCUGGAGUGCGCAAGAGAAAUGCCACGCCUGUUAAAACCGCCCAGAACACGUGGAGGGACAUUGACUCUAUGCACUCGGACGACCCCCUCAUGUGUUCGGAAUAUGUCGAUGAUAUUUAUACAAAUUUACAGAAGUCAGAGGUUGUUCUCUAUCCUCUUAGCGACUAUAUCGAGAAGGUUCAAACAGACAUAAGCUCUACUAUGCGUGGGAUUUUGGUAGACUGGUUGGUUGAAGUAGCAGAGGAGUAUAAGCUCUCUGACGACACAUUGUUUUUGAGUGUUCUUUAUUUAGAUCGGUGUUUAAGUAUCCGCACAGUUGCAAGAUCAAGGUUACAGCUCCUGGGUAUCACCUGCAUGUUAGUUGCUUCAAAAUAUGAGGAGAUUUAUGCUCCACAGGUCGACGAGUUCUGUUACAUUACCGAUAAUACAUACACUCGCGAAGACGUGCUGUCAAUGGAGAGGAUCGUCCUUGAUUCGCUCAAUUUUGAUCUUACCCACCCGACGACCAAGACAUUUCUCCGCCGCUGCUUGAGCGCCGCAGAGUCAGAUGUGAAGGUGGAUUUUCUUGCAGGUUUUUUGUCGGAGCUUGCUCUACUUGAGUACACAUUUCUCCGCUAUUCACAGUCAACAAUAGCCGCAGCAUCUGUUUCUCUUGCACUUAUGACACUGGGCAGGUCUCCUUGGUCGAAAACGCUCGAACAUUAUACACACAUGUUUCCUUGUGACUUGAGGGAGUGCGUUCAAGCUCUUCACACCUGUCACUUGGCAGCUCAACAGUCUUCUUUGUCAGCUGUACGUGAAAAGUAUUCGCAGAUGAAGUUUAAAUGUGUUUCCCUGAUCAAGCCUGUUGACUCUUGUGCAGAAUACAGUGCUUAACAAAAACAUAUCACGCAUUCCUUUCGUUCAAGAGCAACAGACUGGAAACUUGUGUGGUUAAUUGAAAUUGUGGUCCAGUGGUUAAACUUUAAUUACGAGCACACCGGAGAAAUGUAAAAAAGUCCUACACUAUCUGAUAUUUCGUGUACAGGACUGUGCGGAUCUGGUAAAACUCAUCAGAUAGUUCACCUUCUGCAGCUAGAACUGAGAAACCAGAUUUGUGGACAUUCUUCCGUACACAUGUGCUUCCUUUCGAACAAACUAAAGCACCACUAAUGAACUCUGCUGCGAUAUCGUGAGUAGCAAGAGACAAUUUUAACUCACUGAGUUUUAGACUGCCAAAAAAUGCCGUGUUUUCUUGUCUGUGAAGC